CGCAUGUGGAGGGCGGGCGGCGCGGCAGUCGCCCGGCGGCUCCUGGGUCGGCGGCGUGCAGUGAGGGACGCGCACGCGCUGGCGACGGUUGGGAACUCGUUCAGUGCGCGUUAUAUUUGUCGAACAUCGACGCAUUGGAACUUGUCAGUUUGUUGUGACAUUUGUGUCGCGUGUAGAAUCGUGCUGUUGUACACUUUAUCGUGAUAUAGUAUUGCUUUGGUGCUGCGGGGCGUGUGACGUGGUGGUGCAAAGUGUUGCGCGAGUGUGCGCAUCGCUGUACGGGACGGCAUGCGGUGAGCGUGCGAUGUGUGCGGCGCUCGCGCAGCUGCUGGUGCUGGCCGCGCUGCCCGCCCUCACCGGUCGGUGGUGCGCCGGCGGCGAGGUGGUGUCGGUGACGGAGCGGGCGGCGCCGGGUGCCACAGGCGUGUCGUUUGCGCCGCAUCAGCGCACUGGCGUGGUGGCUGCCGCGGGACAGGCCGCCACGCUCGAGUGCCGCGUGCUGCGCCUCGGCGACAAGUCGGUGUCGUGGGUGCGUUCAAGCGACCUGCAGAUCCUGUCGCACGCGGGUGCGGUGUUCACGGCGGACGCGCGCGUGUCGGCGACGUCGGCGCGGGGCGGCGUGGGAGGCGUGGGGGGGUCGCGCCACUCGUUGCACAUCGAGCGGCUGCGACUCGCCGAUGCUGGUCGCUACGAGUGCCAGGUCAACACAGAGCCCAAGAUGAGCCUCUUCUUUAACCUCACUGUAUUAGACUCGCCGAUGCCCGAGCCGGUGGUGUCGGCGCUGGGUCCGCGACACGUGUCGGCGGCGCUGGGUGGCGUGGCACGGCUUGCGUGUGAGGCGCACUAUGAACCUCCCCCCGGGGACCUGCCGCUGCCCUCGCUCGACAUACGAUGGUGGCGGGAUGGACAGCCGCUGGACUUGCAGAGUGCGCGCGGCGGCGUGUCGCUGGACACGGAGCGGUGGCGCGCGCGCGCCGUGUCGCACAUUACGCUGGCGGACGUGCGCGCGCGCGACUCGGGACAAUACACGUGCAGCGCGGGGCCGGCGCGCGCCGUGCUGCUACUGCACGUAGGCGACGAUGCGCCCGAAGGCGCGGAGAUGCAGCGCGAUGAGACGGCGGCGGCGCACGCGGGCGGCCCGGAGCGCGCCCGACCCGGCCCCGGCGCGGCGCUGGCGCUGCUGCUGGCACUGUGGGUGCGCGCGACUUGCUGACAUUCUGCUGCGCCGUACUCUGUACAUAUUGUAAAUAUUGAUUACUGUGGCACGUAUGGCCGCUUGUUAAUAAAAACGUGACAGUUUUA